GCGUGGGCGGUGCUGGCAGCCCGGGUGGCGGCGUGAGCGGCGGUGAUGGCUGCCCCGAGGGGUGCAUGGAGUCGUUGGCGCUGAUGGCGAGUGACCCAGGGGUCAUGUUGCGGGCGGCGCAGGCGCUGGGGGCGCCAGGCAGCUUCAACCUGCGCGGCGAGAUCGUCCGCUUCGUUGUUGCGGAGGACCUGUUCGGCUGCUGCGCGGUGGAAUACCAGCCGGCCGCACUGGCGGUGAAGCGCGCCAUACUCAAGUGGGCGGGCUCGGAGCAGGCGGGUGCCGUACAGCUGUGCAAGUUCAUGGCUGAGAACUCGGGUGGCUGGCAGGGCCUGCAGCCGGAUGAGCUGCUGGGCGACAUCGGGGGCCUGCCGCCGGGGCUGGCGGCGUGGGCAACCGCCGCCAGGGUGCUGCGUACGGCACACCUGCACGCGGCACUGCCGCCGCCGCUGCAGCAGGGGC